UGUCAGUUAUGGUUACCAUAAGUGAGUCUAAGUAACCACUCUCUCACCUUACCAUUCGUGAGUCUACCGUGCUGUUAGUUAGUUUUUUGGAUUCCAACUGAGGCCGUGGAAUUAAGUAAACAGGGGGAGCGAUAACUGUGUCAAUGCUCCGUUCCCUCCUUUUGUAUCCUGUUUAAUCCGUCAUAGGAUCUGAAAUUGGUUUUUUUGCAGAGAUCCCAUUCAACUUCUCCACGAAUAAGAAUCCUAAUGAAAUCUCCAUUAGAAAUUAAUCAGAUCUCUGUUUCUAAGAUCUGAUCUUCUUUCCUUCUUGCUCUUUUUCCUCUUUUCAAUAGAGUUGGGAAAUGGCUUUUCCUGAAGUUAGUUAGUUAGUCUCCAGUAAGAAACCUCAUUCAAAGAACUAGAUGGAUCUCUUCUGAACUAAGUUGCGCUCUUCUGUUCAGUCUUAGCUCAUCAUUUUAGCUAAAAAAAAACCAUUUUUUUCAAAUUUCUUUUAGUGUGAAAUGAUGGCGGGUGGAUCUGGAUGGAAAAUAUCUCCUUGAUUUCUCAAUAAAAAUCCGAUUUUCCCCUCAUAUAUGAACUCCCCAUCAAGAAAAGAUGGUAGCUGCAAUAGAAUUGUUACUACAGAAAUGCUUCUUCCUUAACAGAGUACACUUUGAUCCCUUUGUGGAAAAGAGUCUUCUUGGAGUAUAAGGAGAUAGUGUGGGGUGGUUGGUGGCACUAAAAGAGAUGAUUCACUUACUAUAUGUGCUUCUCUUCGUUGAGGUGGCAGUGGCAUUGCUUCUAAUGGUGAAGUUUGGGCCACUGAGGGAGCUGGCCAUGAAGGGGCUAGACAAACUGAAGACAGGCAAGGGGCCGGCGAUGGUCAAGGCUCUGGCUUGCACCUUGUCGGUGAUCCUGGCGUCGAGCAUCACCGGCAUUCUCCGGAUCCAGAACCGGGGCCUGAAGCUCGGUUCUGUCACACCCACGGAUCAGGUCCUGUGGAGGACUCACCUUCUGGAGGCAUCACUCAUUGGCUACACACUUUUCCUUGCACUAUUAAUUGAUCGCUUACACCACUGCCUUCAGAAAGUGAUCAACUUGAGGAAAACAGUUGGUACUUCCAGAGACGAAGUUGAAAAACUUAAAAAAGAGCACCACCAUUUCAAAGACGAGGAAGAGAAAUCUUCUAAUGAGAGAACAGAGCUCCGGGAAGAAGUGUGUAACUUAACUGAGAAGUUGCAGAAGCUCAAGUCUGAGAUUGAGGAGCUGAAGAAACGUGCACUCACUGCUGAAGCCCAUGUUGCUGCCCUCCAGAAACAGUUUGAAAAGCUGCUUCUUGAGUAUGAUCGCUUGUUGGAGGACAACCAAAUCCUUCAAACCCAAGCUUUAGCAUUCAGAAACCCCAGAAGGUGAAGUAAUCUCAGAACUCGUUGUAAAUGUUAUAAUUUGAGAGAAAGCAAGUGGUAGGUCAUUUUUAGUUGACACAAUAAGCUGGAUCAAUUGAAGCCUGUCAAUGGGGAAUUAAAAAAAAAACAAGGUGUGUGUAAUUAUCAUAUUUUUUGUUUACUGCUCUGUAAUCCUUCUUUUCCUUGUCUGUUUAUGUUGUUCUUACACUGGCAUUUAAAAGAUGAGGUGCCAGAGAUUGGAGCAAUAACAUGAAUUCUAUUCUUGGAGAGGAUUAAUGUUGUUUGACUUGAUGA